UUAUGACGUCACUCAGCUGAAACGAAAGUCAAGCUCAAAGCCGUUUCAUGACCAAAACCAGAUCCUUUCAGCAGGACACAGUCUCCAGUUUGAAGCUUCUCUCUCUUUCUUCGAGGGAUUAAAACCACUGCAGUCAUGGCUUCCUCCAGCAGUGUCCUGUGUGAAGAUCAGCUCCAGUGCUCCAUCUGUCUGGAUGUGUUCACUGAUCCAGUCUCUACUCCAUGUGGACACAACUUCUGUAUGAUCUGUCUCAAAGAGUUCUGGGACAGCAGUUCACACUGCCAGUGUCCAGUGUGUAAGAAGGAAUUCCCUAAAAGACCUGAGUUAUGUGUGAAUACGUUCAUCUCUGGACUUGCUGCUCCGUUUAAGAAGUCAGUUCAGGAGAAAUCCAGCAGCGCUGCAGAAAAACCGACCCAAUCUCUGGUGCUCUGUGAAGCCUGCUCUGAAGAGAAGUGUGUAGCCGUGAAGUCCUGCCUGAUCUGUAUGGCCUCUUACUGCAAGACUCACCUGGAACCUCAUGAGAGAGUUUCUUCAUUGAUGAAGCACAAACUGAUGGAGCCUGUGGAGAACCUGGAGGACUACAUCUGCCAGAAACAUGAGAGACCCCUGGAGCUGUUCUGUAGAGACGACCAGAAGUGUGUGUGUCAGUUCUGUACUGAGACAGACCACAAAACUCACAACACUGUUCCUAUAGAGGAGGAGAGUGGAGAGAAGAAGACUGAGUUGGGGAAGACACGAGCAGAAGUUCAGCAGAUGAUCCAGGAGCGACUGAAGAAGAUUGAGGAAAUCAAACACUCUGUAGAACGCAAUAAAAAAAACACAGAGAAGGAGAAAGCAGACGGUGUGGAGAUCUUCAGUGCUCUGAUGCGCUGCAUUGAGAGAAGCCAGGCUGAGCUGCUUCAGGUGAUGGAGGAGAAGCAGAAAGCAGCAGAGAAGCAGGCUGAAGAGUUGAUUAAAGAGCUGGAGCAGGAAAUAACUGAGCUAAAGAGGAGAAACACUGAGCUGGAGCAGAUCUCACACACUGAGGAUCACCUCCACCUCCUACAGAUUUACCCGUCACUGUGCAGCCCUCCACACACCCAGGACUGGACUGACGUCACAAUUAACUCUCAUCUGAGUCUGGAGCCUCUGAGGAGAGCUCUGUCUCAGCUUCAGGAAACUCUCAGUGAGGAAAUGGAGAAGCUUCCCGAGAUUAAACUGAAGAGAAUUCAGCAAUAUGCAGUGGAUGUGACUCUGGAUCCUGAUACAGCUCAUCCUUGUCUCAUCCUGUCUGAUGAUGGGAAACAAGUUACAUGUGGAGAUAAGAGACAGGAUCUACCUGACAACCCAGAGAGGUUUAAUAUUUGUGCCUGUGUGUUGGGAAAGGAGGGAUUCUCCUCAAGGAGAUUUUACUAUGAGGUGCAGGUCAGAGGGAAGACUCAGUGGGAUUUAGGAGUGGUCCGAGAGUCCAUUAACAGGAAAGGGGCGAUUACAGCCAGUCCUAAAUAUGGAUACUGGAGUGUGUGUCUGAGGAAUGAGACUGAAUAUAAGGCUCUGGACUCUCCUCGUGUUUCCCUCUCCUUGAAACCGGCUCCUCAGAAGGUGGGGGUGUUUGUGGAUUAUGAGGAGGGUCUGAUCUCCUUCUAUGAUGUUGAUGUAAAAUCUCAUAUCUACUCUUUCACUGGUCAGACUUUCACUGAGAAACUUUAUCCAUUCUUCAGCCCCUGUCCCAAUGAUGGAGGUAAAAAUUCAGCACCACUGAUCAUCUGUCCUGUUAGUCAAAUCUAAUAUAAAUUUCUAAAACUGACUUUUAUUUCUUAAUAAAAAUGAAAACAGUGCUGUUAUUAUCUGACAUUUGUUUUAAGUUUAAUUAUAAAUGAUGUUUACAUUUUAUUUAUGUGUAAAAUGUAAAUGUUUUACUGUCGCUCUCAUUGUGAUGAUCCUCCGUGCUAAAGUGGUCUAAUCCUGUCAGGAUCCAUCAUCACUCCUGUAACUGAUCUUCAAAUCACAUUUACUCAAAUACAUUCUCACUUUUCAUUUAGAAUACAUUUUUUUAAAGAAAAUGUUUAAAUUUGGCUUAGAUUUAAUAAUGCAAGCUAUUUUUAUUGGCAAUAUGUCAUCACGGCAAACCAGCUACUCCAUUUCCCAGAAUGCAUCAACAACUACAUACAUGGCUGAAGAGGACUACACUUCCCAAUGUAACACACAGACACGUCACCUUCUCAUGAGGACUAAUCUCACACACCUGUUCCUGAUCACAAUCAUCACACCACACUAUAAUAGAGUCUGUUCAAACACUUGAACAAGUGAGGAGUGUACGCUCAGUUGUCUUGUCUCUGUUGUUAUCAAGCCUGCUAUCGUGUCUGUUUAUUCUGGUGUUUUGACUUUGCUCACGUGUAUGAUGUCGUCUUGUUGCCCUGCCCUACUUGUGCUGUUUGCCUGAUCACCUGACCUCUGCAUGUUCAUGAUUAUUGUCUUCUGCCUUAUCCUUUGGCUGCUGUUGUUGUUGUUGUUGUUGUUGUUGUUUCAUUAAACUGCCAUACCUGCA